CAAUCCUUAUCAAAUCUAGUUCAUCAAUACAAUGCAGUUAAGUUCUGACUGGCUUAAACGAUGGCUGCACUUAAGUUUUCACUGUUGCUGUUACUUUUAGCUUUCGUAAAGUUGAAAUCAUCAAAAGCAGCCCACUCCUGCGGCAUCGUGGACCGCCUCGCCGGUUACGUAAUCAACGCCGAAGAAACGGAAAACGUGUGGCCGUGGCAUGUGGCCAUCUACAACAGCAGCAACGCGUACAUCGCCGGCGGAACCAUCAUCAGCGAUCAAUUCAUCCUGACGGCGGCCCACGUGACGUUCCGCAACCAGAACCUGCCGCUGCGUCCGUACGAGCUGCACGUCGUGAUGGGCAUUAAGAACCUGUCGAGUCCGCAGAACUACACGCGGUAUGGGAACGUUUCGCGGAUUAUCCGAUAUCCGGAGUACAAUAGGGACACGAUGCUGAACGAUCUGGCGCUGUUGCAGCUGUCGGAGAAGAUCGAGUUCAGUAUGCACAUAUGUCCGAUCUGCUUGUGGCCCGUUGGGGGACCAAGUUUGGAGAAGCUGGCAGAGGAGCAACGGGGAACCGUUGUGGGUUGGGGUUAUACGGAGAACAGCACGAUUUCGCAGGUUCUUCGGGAAGCUGAGAUGAGCAUUAUUGAUUUCCCGACCUGCGCGGAGAACACCAAGUCCUUUCAGCCGUUGCUGACCAAGGGUAGGAACUACUGUGCCGGAACGCGAGGGGAGGCUACCGUUUGCCGGGGGGACAGUGGAGGAGGGAUGUACUUCAUGGUGGGCUUCAAGUGGUACAUCCGGGGUAUCGUGAACCAGGGAACACCCACGCAGGAUACGCGCUACCCGUGUGAUCCCCACAAGGAGGUCAUUUUCAUGGACGUUCCCUUCUACCAGAAGUGGGUCGAACGACAUGCUCUGCCCAAGCAGCACAACCGACUGGGGUUGAGUGAGUGCGGUAUGGGAAAGUACGAGGGGGAUGUGGAGCGGGAUGUUGUCAAGAGUCCGUGGAUCGCUCACUUGUUCUAUCGGUUUUGGGAUCGGUUCAACGUUAGCGAUUGCCAUGGGCUGUUGGUUCACCCGGAGUUUGUCGUUACGCUGGCGAGGUGUAUUAUCGAUCAACCGCAGCGAAAGUUAUUAUACGUGGUUCUCGGUGAGGAAACAAUCGGACCCGAUCCGUACGAGGAAAACCUGGACUACGCGUUGUACGCUGAGAUCACGGAAAAAAUCCUACACGAACAGUUUAAGGAGGAAGACUUUGGGUACGACGUCGGACUUGUACAUCUGAAGACUCGCGUCGAUUUCAGCAAGGAACACAUUAAGCCCAUCUGCCUGCCCUCGGCCCGUGAUCCCGUGGCGUACUACGAGCAGUUGGCCUGGUAUCGCCGGGAGGAUCAUCCGAAGCCGCUCACCUUCUCGCACCUGCAGGAAAUCCGACUCGAGUCGUGCAUUGCGCGGUACAAACGAAAUGGAAUCUCCGCCAGUUUUGACCAGCUGAUGUGUCUCCAGGAUUGCCUGUUUUCGAGUGAUGUGCUCGCCAACGGGACGUACACCUGCCACGUGAUGCUGGAGAAGGUUUACUGUGACAUUCCGCUGUCCGGGGGACCGGUGUACUAUACCAAGCACGAUGGAUACGACACGUACACGUAUCUGGCCGGAAUGCGGGCCUUCGGGACGGCCAACUGUACGGACCGGCUGAACGACGUGUACUCGGAUAUGUUCGAGAUGGGAGCGUGGAUCGAGCGGAAGAUCGAGGAGAACUCACUGUUCAUUGAGGAGUUGUGAAGGGCAAUUGCAUUUUAAGCUGUUUUAUUUUAUAAACAACAUUCUAGUGUAAUCUAAGUAGAGAACAAAUUACAAUAAUCUUUAAAAAGCAACACAGAAAAAAAAAUCAUAGUAAUAUUACAUCUGGGAAGGGGUACAUCUUUUAUGUCAGAAAAAAUGAGUAAUUUUACCUCUGAAAAUGUGUAAUUUUACCACUGUUCUGGUGUAAUGUCGCUUUUUCAGUCUUAAUUGAGGUAAAAUUACAUCAUAAAAGAGGUAAUAUUCAACCUUCUGAAAUUACACCUUCCAAAAUUACACAAUUUUUUGCUGU